CCGGGGCUCUCCCCCUGCCCCGGAAGUCGCGCUCCCGGAAGUCGCGCUGCCCUCUCGGUCUCUUUCCGCCGCCAUCUUGGGCCCCGCUCCCCGCACAAAAUGCCCGGCGAAGCCACAGAAACCGUCCCGGCCACGGAGCAGGAGCUGCCGCAGCCGCAGGCGGAGACAGGGUCUGGCACAGAGUCUGACAGCGAUGAAUCCGUACCAGAGCUUGAAGAGCAGGACUCCACACAGGCCACGACGCAGCAGGCACAGCUCGCGGCAGCAGCCGAAAUAGACGAAGAACCCGUCAGCAAAGCAAAACAGAGCCGGAGCGAGAAGAAAGCUCGCAAGGCAAUGUCCAAGCUGGGCCUUCGCCAGGUGACAGGAGUGACCAGAGUCACCAUCCGGAAAUCCAAGAACAUCCUGUUUGUCAUCACAAAGCCAGACGUGUACAAGAGCCCGGCGUCAGACACCUACAUUGUCUUUGGAGAGGCCAAGAUCGAAGACCUGUCCCAGCAGGCUCAGCUGGCAGCUGCUGAAAAGUUCAAAGUGCAAGGAGAACCCGUGUCCAACAUCCAGGAAAACACACAGACCCCCACGGUGCAGGAGGAGAGCGAGGAAGAGGAGGUUGAUGAAACCGGCGUGGAGGUGAAGGACAUCGAGCUGGUGAUGUCUCAGGCGAACGUGUCGCGAGCCAAGGCCGUGCGAGCCCUCAAGAACAACAGUAACGACAUUGUAAACGCGAUAAUGGAACUGACGAUGUAGCCGCCGGAGGGAGCAGCCUUUUUUGGUGUUUCAGAGAAGAGUAAAAUACAGCUAAAUUUAAAAUUUGUACUAUUUCUAUCGGUUAAUAAAGUUGUGGCUUAUUGUUGGUGAAA